GAUUUAAGAGGGUCCAGCCAUAAUAUUUUGUUUUCUUCUUGGUGAAGAAAGAUCCAUCGGUAACAAGCAUUGUCAUGCCAAACACGCGUUCUGGAAGCAAGGGCAGCGCAUCAGGCGGCGACGUCGAAUGGUUGGAUGACUUAAAUACGACAAUCCAGCAACAACCAAUGGAAGCGGGCGAAAUUCAGCAAACGACAAUGGAGGCGAAACUCAACAUGAUGUUGCAGCAGAUGCAAGAGCUACAAGCUGAGAUGAGGCAGAGUCAACAACAACAACACGAGAUGUUAGCAGCAACCUCUAGAGCACCUAGCAACGUUGGUGUCGAAAGUAUUCAUAGCAGCAACGUGCUGCGCGUUAUUAGUACCCUUGAAGACCGUUUUGGUAGGCCAGAGCAGCUGGUGAAAAGCCAAAUUGCAAAGAUACAGGCUGUAGCUCCUAUAGUGGAAAACCGCAUUGAACAAAUUGUGCCGUUCGCUACCAAGGUACAGAAUUUAUCCUGGUUCUUACAAUCUGCCAACUGCGAUCACCACUUAUCGAAUCCGACACUCAUGGAUGAACUGCUGUCGAAGUUACCAAUACAAAAGAGGAUCGACUGGGCUAGGCAUGCCUUGACAAUAGUACCGAGGCCGAACAUAUGUCACUUCAGCGACUGGUUGCAAGAGCUUUCGAGGUUGGUGGCGAGUGCUUGCGUCAAUACGAACUCGGAUUCCAGACAGAGCGGAAGAGUCGAGGCUCGCGCGCGUUUCUUUCAUACCCAGGACAUAAACAGUGGUAAUCGUGAAGCAAGCAUAUGUGUUGUAUGUGAAGGCAGACACAUAAUAAGCCGAUGCAAAAGGUUCAUUGAUAUGCAGUGGGGUCAGAGAUGGCGUCUAGUCCGACAAAAGAGAUUGUGUUUCAAUUGUUUGCGAAGUGGUCACAGGGGCACCGAUUGCACUGAACAACACAGAUGCAAUAUAGACCGGUGCACGCGGAAGCAGCACGAGCUACUUCACGCUCGCCAGCAAGGAACAACAGAUGGACGGCGUCCAAUGGAAGCUGCGACACGGCAACAAGUCCUCACCAGUGCCAUUAUUCCAAAUCCGAGCUCGAGAUUGCUGUACAAAAUAUUGCCAGUGCGUUUGUACGCCAACGGGCGAGUCAUAAACAGUUUCGCCCUCUUCGAUGAUGGUUCGGCAAUAUCAAUGAUGAAUAGCGACUUGGCUGGACGCCUCGGGCUCAAAGGGCAGAAGGAAAAUCUAACGUUGCAAUGGUUCGGCGACACCACGGUAACAGAGCAGUCAAGCAGGGUUGACGUACAAAUAUCCGGAGUUGGUAGGUUCAAUAGAAAGUUUUUGUUGCGGAAUGUUAGAACCGUGGCUAACCUUCAACUGCCGACACAAACACUCCAGCUGUCAGAGGUGCCGUACAAAUAUCGUCACUUGCCGAUCAAGAAAUACGAUGGAGCGGUUCCUGAACUGUUGGUUGGGUUAGACAACGCACACUUGAGCAUCUCAAGGAAGACUGUUGACGAUGGAGUGGAUGGUUACUCGGUGACACUUACGAAGCUCGGCUGGAUUGUCUACGGUGGCAGGAAUCGAGGCGUUGGAGAACGGUGCAACUAUGUGCACUUUGUAAAGGUGGAUAACCGUCUGGAGAAGCUCGAGCGUUUGGUGAGUGACUAUUUAAUCAACGAAGAUCUCAGUGUGCGCGAAGGAGUGCAGGACUGUGAGGCUGCAGAUACAGUCAGAGCUAAAGAGUUGUUAGAAAGCAAAACCGUGAGAAAGGGUUCCCAAUUUGAGACUGGCCUGCUUUGGAGGCAGGAGGAUGUGGAACUACCAGAUAGUCGAAAAAUGGCAGAAAAUAGGUUGUCAGCUCUGGAAAAGAAAUUCAAGCGGGAUGAUAAAUUUAAGUCAGCAUACGUUCACAUUUUGUGA